CACACGUGUAAUCGCUGCUUCAGUGUUGACAGCUGUUCCUGUCACAAAACUGACAUUUCUGUUGUGUGUGGAAAAAGAAAAUAUUAUUUUGCGAGCAUCUCGCCGUUAUCCGUUUUCUGCAAUGGCCGGCGUUAUCAAGAAGGCUACCGGUUUGACUGGUCUGAAUGUGGCCAAGAAUCCGCACCACACGCUGACGGCUUUGUACAACAAGAUUCUGCGUGCCGUCUCCAAGAUGCCCCAGGAUGCUGCCUAUCGACGAUACACCGAGCAAAUUGUGUCGGAGCGUGCCAAAAUUGUAGCUACGACUCCGAACGUGCUUGAAAUCGAGCAGAAAAUCAACUGCGGCCAGGUGGAAGAGCUGAUCGUGCAGGCGGAAAACGAACUAACGCUCGCGCGCAAGAUGCUCGGCUGGAAGCCGUGGGAACCGCUGGCUAAGCAAGCACCGGCAAGCCAGUGGGCCUGGCCACCUGCCAAUCUGCCCGAGUUGAAGUAAAAAGCAUCCUGCUUUCUCGUAAACUGUACUUCGUUUUCCCUCCCACAACUACCACCACAGAGUUAAGCUUGUAGGCAAUGAUGAUGAGCAUUGUUUUUAGGGUCGCAUUUCCGGUGUAAAAUAAAACCAAACACGUGCGGCCAAUGAAGAGUA